AUGCAGAAAAAGUCUCGCGCUGAGGAGGCAGAACAACGCGAAAAGGAGGGCGCUGUGCUUCAAGACAAGCUUAUCAUCGCAGCAAACAAAGUCAACCCAAAGUUGAAGGAGCUGUAUGUUCGUCCGAAUAUCAUCUCCAAACGAAUCUCUGGAUCACUCGAGGCUCACACCAAUGGUUUUCGAUACACAUCAUUGCGAGGAGACAAGAUUGAGGUUCUCUACAAUAACAUUCGACAUGCAUUUUUCCAACCGUGUGACAAAGAAAUGAUCAUCUUGCUGCACUUUCAUCUCAAAAACCCUGUACUAUGGGGAAAGAAGAAACACGGAGACAUUCAAUUCUUCACCGAAGUUGGAGAAAUUACCACCGAUCUGGGAAAGUAUCAUCACAUGCAAGACCGUGAUGACGUGGCUUCGGAACAAGUAGAACGCGAAAUGCGACGAAAGCUCAAUCAAACGUUCCAAGCUUUUUGCGACAAAGUGGUGAAACAAGCCAACGAGGUUUUCGAGUUCGAGACGCCAUUCAACGAUCUUGCUUUCUGGGGAAAUCCAAUGCGCAAUAGUGUCAUGUUGAAACCGACCUCUUCAUGCCUUGUCAACCUCACGGAAUCUCCUUACACAGAAGGAAUCCAAUCGCUCAACUGGCCAAAGAUUAUGAAAACGAUUGUUGAUGAUCCCGUGGAUUUCUUCCAAACCGGUGGUUGGAGUUUUCUCGAUCCAGCCGCAGAGGACGAGGACGACGACGAAGACGACAGUGAUGAAAGUGAGGCCUAUGUACCAUCGGGAGAGGAUGAUGAAUCCGGUUCCGAUUCCGAUUCCGAAGAAUCUGAGGGAGCAACUGAAGAUGAUGGUGGUAGUGAUAGCUCGUUGGAUUCGGACGAAAGUGAAGGAAAGGACUGGUCUGAUUUGGAAGAAGAAGCAAGGCGUGCAGACAAGCGAAAGGACAUCGAGGACACGGUGAAAGGUGGCGGCGGAGGAGCCAAGAAGCGACAAGCAGGAGGAAACGAUUCAGGCAGAGCUCCACCAUUCAAGAGGCGCAAG